UGCCCUUUCUCCUUCGUUCGAAACUCCCUCAGUUUAUCGUCUUCAGUCUGUCUUGACUUCGCGCUCCGCCCAAUUCCAAUUUCGGUGACGCUUCCUGCCAAAGCGACGCGUAUGCUGACACGCAGUUGCAAGCCACUCCUACGCAUAGAUUCACUUCUGUCUUUACUUGGACCUUCCGUUUUUUUCGAGACACAACAGAUGGCUGUCGCCUGGUGUGACACACUUACCACGGAAUGUGCUCAUGUACCGCGCAUCUGUAGGGGCAUCUGUAUGGCGGGUGAAACAGACAAGGAACUCGAGUUCGUGCGCUGUCGGCAAUGUAGCAGUUGCUGGGAAGUUACGGGGCGGGCGUUUUGCAUUCUUUCUUCAACUACCAGCAGGCAGCAGGGAAGUUCUUUUAAUCAAUUGCGACGCGCCUCUCGUCUAUUUUGUGCAUUUUAACCUCGCAAAAGUCGCCCCUGACCUCGUCCCAGUGUCGCGCGCAAAGAAGCUCGCUUCUCCAUGUGUCUUCGCGGCUCGUCGCCCACUUUUUCGUUCUCGUCCACGUUUUCUUCCUCUCUACCGGCGGUCUCAGUGAGACAAAAGAAAACCGUUUUUUACCACCGUCAACGACGCAAGGGGAAAGGCGUUUCUUGUCGUCCACUUCCCCGCCCUUUUCGUUGCAGCUGAACUACGCUCCGAGCACCCAGCCUGCUGUCCAGGUCUCGAGGUUUUCUUUGUGUCGAAUUUCUGUUCCUUCGUUUCCCUCCGCUGUCCGGCUUCUCAAUUACUCCAUAUCACUCCAGCGCAUAGCAUUUAAACGCAACGAAAAUGCACAAAUGAGCGAGGUGGACAGGCAGCGACACGGAAAAUUGUACACGGGGGACAAGCGACUGCGUUGAUUCUGCCGACCUUGCUCCCUGGCGCUGGCGUGUUUGUUGCUCUCCGUCUUUCCCGCGCGUUUAUGCCGAGUGUGCUAGCUUUCGUUUCUGGAAGCUUGUUCAGAGAAAAUGGAAUUUGUGGCUGCGGCCGGAGGAUCGGCGGCGUCGGGCGAGUAGCCGCCUUGCUUGGGUCUGUGGCACUGUUGUCGUCUCUGCGUUUUUUCUGGCUCCUCGUCGUCUUCCUUUACGCAUUUAUGCGUGAAAGUCGUGAGGGAGCAGAUUCGGUUCGCCCUCCCACUGACCGUUUGAGUUUUACACAGGGGUUCCUACCUCUGUACCGCUCUUUUCCGUCGCGCUUCAAACCGCUUGUGGGCUGGUUUUGUCCGUUCCGUAGCUCCUCAUUUUUUGCUUCCCUUUCCUCAAUCUAUCUGCGACACUGUCGCCGUCUGUCUCCCUCUCUUUGCACAACUCUAUUAGCUCGAGUGUCUUUGCCAAAAGACCUCUCUCCCGCGGUGUUCCAUGCUCAAAGUACCACGGUUAUUUGCUUCGCAGUGCCUGCCGAGUUUCUCGCUUUCUCGUUCAACCAACUCCCGGCAGGCGCCCCUUUCUUCUUUCCGUCUUUCCUUCUAACAUUUUGGGACCUCUCUGCUUCACACGUGGUCUGUAUUCUUCGUCGAGUUCUCUUCGCCAGCCAGGCAAGCCUUGCAAGUCUUCCAGGUCGCUGCCAGUGGGAAAAGCCUGCAAGAGAGAAAGACAAGCAGCGAAAAGCGACUAGGCGGAGACCGCAGAAAAUAGACGUCUUCCUUCUUCGCGCUGGGCGAGGGCUCUAGGUAUCUGUGCUCGCCGCUUCGCGAGCACCAUGGCCAUCUGAAAAGAGCUUGUGCAGGGGCAUGGUUUCUUUCCCCCGCUUCGAUCGUCUCUUUCUUUCGUGUUUCUACGCAACUCAACAGGAUGGCGGGAAUCCACGUUCGCUAUCGCACCUACGCGCUUCUGUCGCUCCUCAGCGUCGUCACGCUGGUGCUGCGGACGUGGUACGUCCACGAGGAGUUGUACACAGUCGUUGCAGUGCUGAGUACAGGCAAAAUUGCCCUUGCGCUGUUCUACAACUGUGCGUUCAUGCUCUUUCUCGGGCUCGGCAAACUCGCGAUGCGUCUGAUGGUCGGGAGUCUGCGGGACCUGGAGAUGGAGCAAGUCAUCGACAGCGGUAGAGGCUUCCUCCUCGACACAGUUCUCUUCCUCGUUCUCUCUUCCCCGACGCUCGACGGCGCCGAGGUCUCUACCCACGCCCUCGCCAAGUUUCUCCUCAUCGUCGUCUCCCUCAAGACUGCCCACCUCGUUGUCCAGAUUCGCGGCGGAACGCUGUUUGAGGUCGGCAAUCCUCGCACGAGUGUGCUGCUCAGGAUAUGCAUCGCUCUGUUUAGUCUCCUCCUGCUCGACAUCUGCGCUGUCCACUUCUUCUUCGUCAAUUCAAGCAAGGCUUCGACUUUCUAUCUCUGGCUUCUCUUCGAGUGCCUGGGAAUGCUCGUCUCCUGCGCUAUCAGCACCCUCAAGUUCGCCGUUCACGUCGUCGACGUCCGCCUAGACAACGGAUGGGCAGCCAAGUCAGCUGUCAUUUUCUACCUCGAGCUCAUCCACGAUGUCACAAGUCUUGUUAUCUUCCUGCUCUUCAUGUCGGUCUUUUUCAUCACGCAACCAAGUCGACUGCCGCUGUACAUGACCGCGGACAUCAUCCACGUUGUCAAGACCCUUUACAAGCGCAUCUUGUCUUUCAAGAGGUACCGCGCACUCACCAAGAAUCUCGAAAUUAGGUUCCCAGAUGCGACGGCUGAAGAGUUAGAAACGGCAGACACCUGCAUCAUCUGCAGAGAUCUCCUCUUUGAAGGGUCGAAGAAACUUCCAUGCAGCCAUAUUUUCCACAUCGACUGUCUCCGCUCCUGGCUUGUGCAGCAACAGUCCUGUCCUACUUGUCGUGCGGACAUACCCAGCGACGAUUCCCCAUCAACCACGGCCCCUGGCACCGCGACUGAGGCUCCACCACAGCACCCCCGCAGUGGCGUGCCCGAUCAGAAUGUCGAGAUGGACAGGGGAGACAGUAGGACGGUGUCAGCCUCUUCCCCUGUGUCUUUUGAUCGGCCAACUUCGACAGAUCCCGUCCCUCAGAGCGACGCUGAGGGGCACGAUAAAACCGACCGUUCAGUUGGCUUCGCAGAAAUACCCGAUGGACAUCCUGAGAGGAGUGGAGGCGGAUUACUUGGCGACGCGAGGCUUCGUGGUAUUGAUAAUCACUGGACCAACGUCUCCGCGAACACUCUGGCGACACAGGCACUGCUACAGUCUCUGCAGCUCGCUUGUCAGACUUGUGAUUUCUACCGCUUGCAUGCGUCGUUGUGGACGAUUGAGGCUCAGCGGGCGCAGUUGGCAGCGUCUCGUUUGCAAGCACUACGUUAUUGUCAAGCUCCUCAACGGAGUGGAAGUUUGGACGCAGACACCCAGAGAGUUUCUGGGCAGCAGGGGCCUGGGAGCAACGAUGCGUCGGCACCUGCGCCAACAGCAGAGAAUGAAGCUGGAGCCAUGGGACAGUCUGCAUCACAGGGUCCUGCGAUAAACCGUGGUAGAAAUUUUAUAGUUGUCUGCCCUAGUCACCUGUUUCAUCAUCAAGGAAGCGGGAUGUUGCCGCCGCCAAUGUACUUUCCAUCGCUGAUGCCAUCAUUCGACGCAACACAGAUGCCGUCAGGAUUUGCUGAAGUACCCUCCUCUUCCUCGCAUGCCACCCCCAAGUUGGGACCUAGCGAUUGUGUGAACGGUGAAUGGCCUGGGCAGGCUUCCGCAGGUUCAGCAUUCGACUUCGCGCAUGGAGGCGAGGGUUUUUUCUGUCAUAGUGUUCCGCGUUUGCAGCCAUCGCCUCUCCAGACACGACCGUACUCAAGCGACUACGUUGGGAGUUCGUCUUUAUCAGGUUUGGCAGCGGUGGCACCAGCGGCGAAUGCUCCCCUGCCAUCACAGACGAGAAUUUCACCAUGCGUGGGCGAAAAUAGGACCCCAGAUAGUGGGCCCGGAAAUGGGCAAGAGGAGCGGACAAUCUAAGUCUGACAAGCAGACAAAGUGGUAGCGUACAGUUCGCUGCAGUGUAUGCAGUCGUAACUUGCUGGUCCACAGGCUACGGAUUGGUUCUAUGCUAAUACGAAACUAACCCUUAAGGGGUGUAACUGUGUGGCCAUAUCUGAGGUGCGUUUUGCUUCCUGCUGCACUACCACUUGUCCGUUGUUGCAUUUGGAGUAGGACAACUUGCCCGCCGCCAAAAGGCAUCCACCCGAUUAUGGCGUGCGGAACUGUAGCUGUAGUGCUGGGUAUCACAUCAGGAUAAGAAUACACAUGGUCAAGUUGUUGAUGGACGUGGGAUGUAAAGGUGAUAGUCACUGUCGUCGUGGUCCUGAUUCCAUUCAAGCUGGUGCCGUGAUCUAACAGUGAGUCGACUACAUAAUUGUUUUCUUGUUGCCGGUACAGUUUGCAGGAUUGGGACAACGAAUCAUCGAGUGUAGAUCUGUCGUCAUAUGUGUAUCGAUGUCUAUGAUGCUGUUGAAGAUGCUGACAGUUAUUGUUAGAGGGGGAGACCCUCUCACUAUUCUGGCAGACGUGACCAGCCACAAAGAGUGCUCAUAUGCUCUGCUGUUUGAAUUUGUUUAAGGGUAAAUACUUGUGAUAGGGUUGCGUCGAGCGUUAUAUGCAGUGGUAUGAUGUCAAGUAACAUGUUGAGGUGUGUGUAGUGAGCUUUUGGUAGUGUUUGUGUAGGAGUUGUAUGUGGUUGAUUUUUUUCCAAGUGGAACAGCGGAGUAGAUACGUUUGGAGGGUAGCGGCUACGGGGGAGUUACGCUGGCGCAGGCCAUAUGCGAUGUAUGCCGGACAGUGGCAUGUAGAGCGGUACCGUAUAAUCGAUGCGUUUGAAACUGUGGAGACUGGUUGUCAAUAAGCCUACUUCUGUAAAAGCAUCUUACCACCGUGACUCCCAAUUGUGUUCGCUGCACCACACACGGAAUCUAGUCCGAUUCUCCUGGUCGUCUUUCCAAGCUACGACUUUCGA